GCCCAAAAUGGAGUGGGAAUCUUCAUACGGGAAUCACUGGCACAAAAUGUACUGGAGGUAGUUCGAAUCAGCUCACGUCUAAUGCUGAUUAAACUCAGAAUGGGAAAACAGGUUCUGACUGUUUUCUCUGCAUAUGCACCACAGACCGGUGAAUCUGAAGACACCAAAAAUGAAUUCUGGAACACACUCUCAGAUGCCGUCAGGAAAACACCAUCAUCAGAGAUACCAUUGAUACUUGGCGACCUUAACGGCCAUGUUGGAAAUAAAGCAAAUGGGUUCCACGGUGUCCAUGGAGGCUUUAGCUACGGGUCUCAAAACGAAGACGGUAUACGAUUUCUGGAAUUUGCUGAAAGCCAUGAACUCUCCCUGUUGAACACUUAUUUCAAGAAGAGGGCAGAACAUUUGACCCAUAACGGAUGGAGACUUUAA